CAUGAUCAAAUGAAUAUGGGGAGUUUGAUGAAACAGUUUGGGUUGUGGGUUUUAGCCGCCUCCUUGUUAUGGUUAGCAGCAAAGGGUUAUUCACAAUUUACAUCACAAGUUCCAGGAUUCUUCAUCUUUGGAGACUCUUUGGUUGAUAAUGGCAACAACAAUGGGCUUGUCACUCUUGCUAGAGCCAACUACAGGCCUUAUGGAAUCGACUUCCCUCAAGGUGCUAGUGGCCGGUUUACUAAUGGCCGAACUUUCGUUGAUGCAUUGGCUCAACUUCUAGGAUUUCGAAACAACAUCCCGCCCUUUGCAAGAACUCGUGGCCGAGCAAUACUCAGCGGACUGAAUUUCGCAUCAGGAGCUGCAGGCAUCCGUGAUGAAACCGGCAACAAUCUUGGUGAUCACAUUUCAAUGAACCAGCAAGUAAAUAACUUUGGGAAUGUAGUGCAGCAGAUGAGGCGUUACUUCAGAGGAGAUGAUAAUUAUUUGGCAACUUACCUUAGCAAAUGCAUCUUCUACUCUGGACUGGGAAGCAAUGACUAUCUCAAUAACUAUUUCAUGCGCGAUUUCUACAAUACCGGAUCCCAGUUCACCCCACAAGCCUAUGCAAAUUCACUCAUUCAUGAUUAUACUAAUCAGCUUACCGCAUUGUACAAUUUGGGUGCACGAAAAGUGAUAGUAACUGCAGUGGGCCAAGUCGGGUGCAUACCAUAUCAACUAGCUCGGUAUAAUGGUACAAAGAACAGGUGCAAUGAAGACAUAAAUAGUGCUAUCAUGUUGUUUAACUCAGGCCUAAGGAAACUUGUAGAUCGCUUUAAUAAUGGCGGGCUUCAAGGUUCACAGUUUGUUUACUUGGAUUCAUAUCAAGCAACCAAGGAUCUUAUCCUCAAUGCUCAAUCUUACGGAUUUGAAGUAAUUGAUAAAGGAUGUUGUGGAGUUGGAAGGAACAAUGGUCAAGUGACAUGUCUUCCUCUUCAACAAGCUUGCAGGGACCGCUCGACGUACAUAUUCUGGGAUGCCUUUCAUCCCACUGAAGCUGCAAAUAUUGUGACUGCAAGAUUAGCAUACUCAGAAAGAGCACCAACAUAUACUUAUCCAAUUAAUAUUCAACAAUUAGCGUCACUGUGAUGCCCUUUGGUAUGAUUUGUUUAAGAAUUUGAAUUUGUAUUUCAAGGUUGUUUGCAUUUGAUUUAGUAAUAACUAUGUUGGUUCGGUUCAAACAUGUUUCUCCCAUUUGAUGUUAACAAUUUAAUUGACUAUCAAGCAGUUGAUUUAAA